AUCAGGCCACUCAGGAGAAGUUACUUUCUGGGAUUUCACAGUAUGUAGGGAAGGCAAUUAUGUAUGACAAAGAAAUGAUUAUGGAGGCAACCAAUGACCUUGAUGAACUCUGUAAAAUUGGGGAUUCAGUGUACAAAGCCACCAUGUAUGGGGAGGUUUUAGCCAUAAAGAGAACCAACAAAGAUGUCAAAGAAGAGCUGAGUAUCCUGCAGAAGGUAAACAAAUGUGAAUCUGGUGAAUUUGAUGGGAAUUUCGUAUGACGCAGAUGAUCGCUUCUUGGUUUAUGAAAUUGCUGAGAAUGGAUCACUUGAAAAUUGGUUGUUCCCUGACUCUGAAGCUUCUUCAGACUCUCUGGCCUUCAUCUCUUGGAGUCAGAGAAUUCACACAGCACUUGACGUUGCCAACGGCCUGCACUACAUGCAUGACCACACUCAACCAAGCAUUGUUCACUGGGAUGUCAGAGCAAGAAAUAUCCUCGUAGACUCCAACUUCAAGGCCAAGUUAGCAAAUUUCUCAACAGCUAGACCUGUUACAAACUCGUCGAUGCCAAAACUGGAUGUUUUCGCAUUUGGGGUUUUUCAGUUGGAGUUACUUUCAGGAAAGGGGGCCAUGGAAACAAAAGAAAAUGGUGAAGUGGUUAUGUUGUACAAAGAUUUAAGGGAGGUGUUGAAGGUUGAAGAGAAGAGCGUUGAAAGGUUACAAAAAUGGAUAGAUCCAAAAUUGGAGAACUGUUAUCCUCUUGAUGGUGCCCUGAGUUUGGCAGCCCUUGCCACGACAUGCACACAAGAAAAUGCACAGGCAAGGCCAAGUUUGGCUGAAGUCGUUUUGAACCUCUCUGUACUAGCUCAGUGUAGAUUUAAGGGAGAAGAGGUUUAG